CGCCCGCCCGCUCGCCGCCGGCCCCGCCCCGGCCCUGCGCCGCCGCGGCUUCCAGCAGCCGCCGCCAUGAAGCUCACCGACAGCGUGCUGCGGAGCUUCCGCGUCGCCAAGGUGUUCCGUGAGAACUCUGACAAGAUUAACUGCUUUGACUUCAGCCCCAACGGCGAGACGGUGAUCUCGAGCAGCGACGACGACUCCAUCGUGCUGUAUGACUGCCAGGAGGGCAAACCAAAGAGAACCUUGUACAGUAAGAAGUAUGGUGUGGAUCUCAUCAGAUAUACUCAUGCAGCAAAUACUGUUGUUUACAGCUCAAACAAAAUAGAUGAUACUAUUCGUUACCUGUCCUUGCAUGACAACAAAUACAUCAGAUACUUUCCUGGACAUAGCAAAAGAGUGGUAGCUUUGUCUAUGUCACCUGUGGAUGAUACUUUCAUUUCCGGGUCUCUUGAUAAGACUAUUCGACUUUGGGAUCUCCGGUCUCCUAACUGCCAGGGCCUCAUGCAUCUACAGGGCAAGCCAGUUUGUUCUUUUGAUCCAGAAGGGUUAAUUUUUGCAGCAGGUGUCAACUCUGAAAUGGUUAAACUUUAUGACCUUCGUUCUUUUGAUAAGGGGCCAUUCGCAACUUUUAAGAUGCAAUACGAUCGGACGUGUGAAUGGACGGGACUUAAGUUCAGCAAUGAUGGCAAGCUCAUUCUCAUCUCCACCAAUGGCAGCUUCAUCCGUCUGAUUGAUGCAUUCAAAGGAGUGGUGAUGCACACGUUUGGGGGUUAUGCCAACAGCAAAGCUGUCACCCUGGAGGCUUCAUUUACUCCCGACUCUCAGUUUAUUAUGAUUGGUUCAGAGGAUGGCAAGAUUCAUGUUUGGAAUGGAGAGAGUGGUAUAAAAGUAGCUGUGUUGGAUGGUAAACACACAGGCCCCAUUACCUGUUUGCAGUUCAACCCCAAAUUCAUGACCUUUGCCAGCGCAUGUUCCAACAUGGCCUUCUGGUUGCCAACCAUUGAUGACUGAUCCUGAUGCAGCGUGGCUCUUUCUGUACAGUGAUGGUGACCAGCAGGAAUAAAAAACAAACAAAAACUCAGAGGGGACUGAGAUAAUAGUAGGACCGAAUCAUCUGACUGGGCUGGAGAACAUCUUUUCACAUGGCCUCCCCAUGAAAGUGCUGCACAUCUGCUCAAAAGGGAGUCACUUUGCUGAGGUUCUUCAGAAGCAUUCUUGGUGCAGCAGACUCCUUUGAGAUGCAGCUUUUCCAGCUGUCACUGGAGGAGUGGCCAGACUCAUGGUUAGGGUAUCGUGGGGGCUCUUGAGGCGCCUUCUAUUGUGAAUGUAUUUGCUGCUGAGGAGCCGGUGGGGUCGUCAGUUCUGCACAUCCCUCUGUCACCCCCAUGAAUGCAUGGGAAGCUACAGUUCUGGUUUUGAGAUGCUAGUGCAGCUCAAUGCCCCUUCACCUCCCCCUGCAUGUCUUGUUACUGGAUCUCCCUGUGUAAUUGUGGCAUUAUUCCACAAGCAUCAUGUUUCUUUGGUGCCAAACAUUUACAGGAAUAAGUCUUCAUAUAUCUUGAGGUCAGUGAAAGGGACAGAUAGGAAUGCUUUGCAGUGUGGAGAUGGAUGGGAAGACUCUGAGCCCUGAGUGUUGGGUUGGAAAGGGUCUAAGAUCCUAAAAGGGAAGGAAGAGGAUGGGCUUGGUGGGAGAUUUAGCAGCAGCUUGGUAUAGUCCCUUUCAAGACAAACCCACAAUCUUCUGGGUGCCUACUGUGCUCGGUUUGUACAAAAGCAAGGUCCUCAUCUAUGUUUUGUACAUGAGCUACAUCACGCUUUCCUGUGGGCCAGUAUUGUGGAGUGAGUCUGAGUUGUUUACACUGAUGCCUUCCCUGCUCACCACAAAUUGUGUAUGUAGUCUCUAGAUGAGACCACCCUUGCCCCAGGACCCAGUCCAGAGCUGGUUUUAAGCCUGUGUUAUGUUCUAUUUAGCCUUUUUAUAUAUGACCUUUGAUUUCUGUUUGUAUUUUAGCACAGUAUAUGCACCUUCACUUAAAUCCACCUGUACACAUACAUAGAUGCAUCUAUGUGUGUUUGUGCAUAUAUAUAUAUGUAUGUAUAUAUGUAGUUUUUGGAGUUCUGCAACCUGGGAGAAAGGCUGUGUCCUUGCUAACAGUGUUUGCCACAAGUGUUAGUAAGUCUUCCUUAUUACCUACUUACCUUUGGGAGACUUGACAAAACUUCGAGUGUUUGUUGUUUCCAUGGCAGCUAAGUGAGGGUCUUGGGACAACUCCCUAGUGUUCCUCAAGCCGCACUUUGGGGCUCUCCCUGCAGUAUUAGCCCCCUUUUGCCUGGCAGUGCUGUCUGCCUGUGUGUGGCAGUCACUCUUGCUUCUUGGCUUCUGGCAUUUGAGAACAGGACGCUGGAAGCAGAGCAUUUUCAGUUUGCUUGAAGUUUCCUUGCCGGUUGCAGGUCACUCCCCUUUCCCCGGUUCCCCUUUCCCAGCAAUUCCUUGUUUUCUCUUUGGGACAUCAAGGGGAUCUAGCCAGGCCAAAGUUGAGAUGAACUACAGCUAGCCCAUGGCCUUUUCCUUCCCUGCCUGGCCUUAGAGCAGAGCAGCACAUGUUAUUUCCCAGUGUUCCCAAGCAAACGUGUGCAGGCAGCAGUCCCUGUAGAUCCAGAAGGAGAUUUCAACAAGGCUGUGACUUGCCCAAGAUUGCAUAGUUACUAGGGGCUAAAACAGCCAUCCCUGCCUCUGUUGAGCAGCAGGGAUAGGUUGUGAAUUGAUAGCACUUUUUCUUUUUUUAAGCAAUUAGUUUUUGAGUUGUUCCCUAGAUUGAAAGGGCAAGAGGCGUACACCUUUUCUACUGUAGCCUGGAAAUCUGGAGCUGCCACAGUACCACCCACUGAGACGCCAGUGGAGGGACUUGAAGAAACCACAAACUCAGCUAUUAACUGCCUACUUGCAGCUUUUCAGGAUAGAAAAUUCAGGCUAAGAAUAGCCGUUCACAGAUUGCGUUAACAGGAAAGGCUGUGGGACUUACACAUGUGCAGCCAGAGUCACCACCAUACACGAGUCGCCCAGCAGGAGGUGUGUGAUGCGUCCAAAGCUGACAUGCCACCUCACAGCAAUUCCUGAACCAUGGAGCUGCAAAGCUGGCUCUGGAGUUGACUGAAAAGAACAAAAUGGAGCUGGGUAAGGUGGAGGAAGGGAGGAAAGUAACAAACACCUGGGGCCAUAGGGCUGCUCUCAGUGGGAGCCAGAGGUGCCCAGGCCUUCCUGGAGGAGGAGGGUCUGCUUACCACCCUCCGUCAGAGUCAGGGCCAAAACCAUUGCUUUGUAUGAGAGCAACACUGCACUACCCUACCACCAGCCAGUCAAGUAUUUUUUUACACAUGAUUCUCCCUUGCAAUCGUAAUUACUGCUUAUUAAAGAAAAUUUGGGAACUCUAAGAAUCACUUGGCCACCCAAAUGCUACCAAUGUUAAUCUUUUGGUGUUAAAUGUUCCUCUAGACCUUUCUGUGCAUAGAUUCCUGGUGUGUUUACAUAGUUAUUAUCUGCUGUAAAUACAAUUUUAUGUCCUUUUUGUACUUAACAUAUAAACAUUUUUUUCCAUGUUA